UCAGAUAUCUACAUGCAUGUUGAUUUGCUUGUGAGAAUACUUAAAGUCCGUAUGAAUCUUGUACAGUGUCGGACAUAAUUAGCAAACUGUAUUCUGAUUUUUCCCCGCUGUAAUUAGUAUUGCAAUAAUAAGUGCACCGGACAUAUAACAUCAAAUAUUCCAAAAUCGUAUUUUUGCAGCAUUUUUCUUGCUGAAAUAUUGAUGCUGAACACUAGAAUUUGGCGCUGGUUCCCUCGUGCGGCACUGUGCAGACUGAAGCUCAGCAAUCAGCCGCGAUGAGAGACUCACGUCCUAACCUCAUAAAGGAAGGCUGGGAGGCCGAAGUACAGAAGGGAAGGCCAGGUAGCGUGCACCAUGGCACCCAUCGGUUUAAAGGCAUUGGUCGGAGACAAAAUUAUGAACGAAGUUAUUAAAAAAGUCAAAGAGAAGGGAGCAUGGAAGGUGCUGGUGGUGGAUCCGCUCAGCAUGAGGAUGCUGUCGUCCUGUUGCAAGAUGACUGACAUCAUGCCUGAGGGCAUCACCAUAGUUGAAGACUUACACAAGAGACGUGAGCCCCUCCCAAGCCUGGAGGCCAUUUAUUUUAUCACUCCCACUCAGCAGUCGGUACAGGGACUGAUCUCAGACUUCGUCGACCCCCGGUCUCCACAGUACAGAGGAGCGCACGUCUUCUUCACUGACUCAUGUCCUGACCUCCUGUUCGAUGAUCUGGUGAAGUCCCGGGCCUCCAAGAAAAUCAAGACCUUGACAGAGAUCAACAUCGCCUUCCUGCCCUGUGAGUCGCAGGUGUACUCUCUGGACUGCUCGGAUGUAUUCCAAAGCUUUUACAGCCCUUACAAGACUGAGAUGAAGAACCCAAUCAUGGAGAGGCUUGCUGGUCAGCUUGCAACCCUGUGUAGUACCCUGAAGGAGUACCCCUCCAUCCGUUACAGAGGGGAGUGCAAGGACACUGCCACACUGGCACAACUGAUCCAGGACAAGUUGGAUGCAUACAAGGCAGACGACCCCAGCUUGGGAGAGGGUCCUGAUAAAGCCCAGUCGCAGCUGCUGAUCCUGGACCGAGGCUUUGACCCUGUCUCCCCACUCCUGCACGAACUCACGUUCCAGGCCAUGAGCUACGACCUGCUGCCCAUCGAGAAUGACGUCUACAAGUAUGAGACCAGUGGCAUGGGAGAAACCCGGCUGAAGGAGGUUCUGCUGGACGAGGACGACGACCUGUGGGUGACCCUACGUCACAAGCACAUCGCUGAGGUGUCCCAGGAAGUGACUCGCUCUUUGAAGGAAUUCUCUGCCAGCAAAAAGAUGAACACCGGAGAGAAGACUACCAUAAAGGACCUCUCCCAGAUGCUGAAGAAGAUGCCUCAAUACCAGAAGGAGCUGAGUAAGUACUCUACUCAUCUUCAUCUGGCUGAGGAUUGCAUGAAGCACUACCAGAGCUCUGUGGACAAGCUGUGUCGCGUGGAGCAGGACCUGGCCAUGGGCACUGAUGCAGAAGGAGAAAAGAUCAAGGACCCCAUGAGGACCAUUGUUCCCAUCUUGCUAGAUGCCAAUGUCAGCACUUAUGACAAGAUCCGCAUCAUUCUGCUUUAUAUCAUCCUCAAAAACGGAAUCACGGAAGAGAACCUGACCAAGCUCCUACAGCACGCGCAGAUUCCCCCAGACGACAGCGACAUCAUCCUCAACUUGGCCAACCUGGGUGUGCCCAUCAUCUCAGACCCCAGCGUGCGCCGACCCAAAAGACCUGACCGCAAAGAACGCGUCAGUGAGCAGACGUACCAGCUGUCCCGGUGGACCCCCCUGGUUAAGGACCUCAUGGAGGAAGCCAUGGAGGACAAGCUGGACCCCAAGCAGUACCCCUUCAUCUCCACACGCAGCCCUUCUUCUCAUGGAGGUACCACUGGCAGUGCUCGGUACGGACAGUGGCACAAAAGUAAGCCCCCUGCGGAGGUGCGAGCGGGCCCCCGCUUCAUCGUCUUCAUCAUCGGGGGGGUGUCCUUCAGUGAGAUGCGCUGUUCCUACGAGGUGACACAGGCAAGCGGCAAGUGGGAGGUCAUCAUUGGUUCCACACACACACUGACCCCUAAGAGAUUCCUCAUGGACCUGCGGCACCCCGACUUCGUGGACCCCAGUGAGCCCCACGAAGAGGAUCCUGGACGAGCCAAUAAAGAACCCACAUCUUAACCCCCUGCUCAACGCCUCAACAACCUCAAAGAGACAAGAACAGAACUGGAGGAGGAGGAAACCAAAACAGACCCACUUUCAUCUCUCAUGACCGUCCCCUUUAUUCAUCACUUUCACGCCUCCUCCUGAUUACUUUCAUUCCUUUCCUUCAGUGCUUUUUAUGCCUAUCCUUCAUCCCUCGUUCAUCCCAUUCUUUCAUUUCUCCAUUCAUAACUUUCCUUCAUACUCUUUUUAAUUUACCAUUAUUUGAUCCUAUUGUUUGUGUGUUAGAGGCAGAUUGCAAUAGAGAAAAAUGCAUAACAUAAGCAUUUAUACUCUUUGCAAGGAAUUUUAGGAUAUUAUUAUACAGACCCAUUUAAAUUAAUAUCCAAUUAUCUUUGCUAUAGGAAGCCUAACUGUUUAAAUACUAGGUGUCCAGGAUAAACAGCUGGAUGAUGUGUGGAUGGGUGGAGAGAGAAACUGUAGUGAGGAUUGAGUCUUGAGCCGUGUUACGUACUUUGCACCAGAGCAGGACUCACGUUUGCUCUAAUGAUACCCUUGGAGCGACGCGGCUCGUUAACACAGCGUGAUAAAAGUACGAGCGGCCAGCUGAGAGCUUUGUGAAAGCUGACAGCCUUGGGAUUAAGAGUGCACAUGACAUUUUGCAGCAAUAUUGACUUCAGACUAGAUAGCCUAAACUAAAAGCAGGGCUUGAAAGGGAGAUUGCAUUUGUUUGAAAGGGAGAUUUACUAUGAAAAUGCCAUUUAGUGUUAAGAGCAAUACAUUUACCACAUGCAAAAUUUCCCAAAGACCCCUGUUAGCAACUUAUAUGCUUGGAACUGUUCAGUUGCAUGGCUCCAACUAUGUAAGUUGCUAAUGUUGUUAAUGACUAUGCUUUGGGGAGAGACACCCCUAGACAGGGAUUCUUGGGUAUUGAGAGAACAUAUUUACCUCGAUUUACAUGCCAGUGGUACCACAUGUAUUUGUGUUUCAGCAUCUGGUUCCAGUAAUAAUUUCCACCGUAGAAUCAUCGCCAUUUCCUCAGGAAACAUCGUAGCACCAUGUGUUUAGCUGUGGUCAGUGGGAACCAAGGAAAAUACUCAACAGUUUUCCCCACUUGUGAAAUGAGUCCGCAAACUGAGCCGUUAAUAUGCCACCUUUACCCUUGUUUACUGUACGUUCUGAUUGGAUAUUUUAUGUUCCCUAGUGUCUCUGUUUUGUAAUAGAUAAGCCCCAGUUUUUUUGUGUAGGUUUUGCGUAGUGAUCCUGCGAUCUGUGUCUCCGCUGUUUAUCAAAGAGAGAGCUUUAAUAAAGAGAUUGUACCCUUUA